AUGUCUGCCGAUCUCGACAACCCCUCCCCAACCGACCUAGCCGAACGCGAACGCGAGGACAAAGAGCGCAAAGCCCGCGAGGAUGCGGAACAAGCUCAGCUGCCCUACAAGUGGACGCAAACUAUUCGUGAUGUGGACGUGACAGCACCGAUUCCUGGUAAUUUCAAGGGCCGCGACUUGGAUGUGCUGUUGACCAAGAACAAAAUCCGCGUCGCGAUCAAGGGACAAGAACCCCUCAUCGAGGGCGACCUCCCCCACCCCAUCCUUGUCGAUGAAUCCUCUUGGACCCUCGAGACUACCCCCACCCCGCCCGGCAAGGAAAUCAGCAUCCAUCUCGAUAAGGUGAACAAGGUCGAAUGGUGGCCUCAUGUUGUGACCACUGCUCCCAAAAUCGAUGUCACCAAGAUUACACCCGAGAACUCUAGCCUAGGCGAUCUGGACGGCGAGACUCGCGCCAUGGUUGAGAAGAUGAUGUAUGAUCAGCGGCAGAAGGAGAUGGGUGGUCCCAGCAGUGACGAGCAACGGAAGAUGGAACUGCUGAAGAAGUUCCAGGCCGAGCAUCCCGGUAAGUUGUCAUUCUCCUCUUUCAUCUCUUGA